GGCCAUGGAGGCCGGCGGCUGCCGCUACCAGUUUCGGAUCGUUCUGCUGGGGGAUGCGGCGGUGGGCAAGACGUCGCUGCUGCGGCGCUACGUGGCGGGCACGCCGGGGGCCCGCGAGCCCGAGCCGGAGUCCGAGGCGGCCCCCACGGUGGGCGUCGAGUUCUACAGCCGCGCGCUGCAGCUGCGGGCGGGGCCGCGCAUCAAGCUGCAGCUCUGGGACACCGCGGGCCAUGAGCGCUUCAGGUGCAUCACCAGGUCCUUUUACCGGAAUGUGGUGGGUGUCCUGCUGGUCUUUGACAUGACAAACAGGAAGUCCUUUGAACACAUCCAAGACUGGCACCAGGAGGUCAUGGCCACCCAGGGCCCUGACAAGGCAGUCUUCCUGCUGGUUGGCCACAAGAGUGACCUGCAGAGCACCCGUUGUGUCUCUGCCCAGGAGGCAGAGGAACUGGCCACCUCCCUGGGUAUGGCCUUUGUGGAGACUUCGGCCAGAAACAACAGCAACGUGGACCUGGCCUUCGACACCCUCGCUGAUGCCAUCCGGCAGGCCCUGCAGCGGGGGGACAUCAAGCUGGAGGAAGACUGGGGGGGUGUCCGCUUCAUCCACAAGACCCAGAGCCCUGGACCCCCCAGCAGGAAGCAGAACCCAGGCCCAUGCCAGUGUUGACCUGGGGAGGGAAACAGUUAAAACAGUGCCAACUCAGACCCCCUGGUAGGAUGGGGAGUGUUUGGACCUCUCUGAGGGGGGUAAACGCUAGUGUGUUGUAAGCGUUAACAUAAACAGCACACUGACACUGUCACGCCUCCUGGAUUUGGGGUCUCAGAGCUCAGCCCCUUUCUAAGGAAAGGUCUAAGAGACCAGGGGUGUGACUUCCUGUCCUCAGCCUCAGUUUCCUCAUCUGUGAAAUAGGGCUCAUGAAAGACUCACCUCACAGGGAGGCUGUGGACAUGAAUAAUAGAUGGGAUAUGCUCAGUCAGAGCCUGCCACAGCGUUCUUGGGGUUGGACGCUGCACCACUCAGCGUCUGGAUGCAGCACAGGCAAGGACAGUUGUGGGGAAUUCCAGUGCAAGCUUAGAUCAGAGCCUUCUUAGGUCCUCGAACAAGGAUGAGUAUGGGCAUGGGAUUAAGGUGUGGCCUCAAAUCCAGGUAUUAUGGAUUGAAUUGUGUCCUGCAAAAGGAUAUGUUGAAGUCCUAACCCCUGGUACCUGUGAAGGUGACCUUGUUUGGAAAUGUUAACAGGAGGUCAUACUGGAGUAGGGUGGGACCAAAUCCGAAUCAGAGUGGUGACCUUGUAAAAGAGGAGAGACACACGGAGGAAGGACAGCCGUGUGAGGAUGCAUCUACCACCAAGAAGCGCCUGGGGCUCCCAGAAGCUGGGGAGACAAGAAAGGAUCUUCCCCUAGGGACUUCAGAGGGAACAUGACCCGGCCAACACAUUGAUUUGGACUUCUCUCCCCAGAACUGUGAGACAAUAAAUUUCUGUUCUUUAAAGCCACCCCGUUUGUGAUAUUUUGUUACAGCAGCUCUAGAAAACUAAGACACCAGGGUUGCUGCUCCAUGUCCCCACCCCAGGCCCAGGGACCGGGUCUGGGUCUGGGAGGCAGAGUGAACAUGAAUGAGCAGCUCCUAUGUUUGGGCAC